GUCAGCAACUAUGAUGGUAGCUGGUCUUACUGUGGGAGUGACUUGUUCUCAGAUCUUGCAGGCCAUUUUACGUAUAUAUAAAUUGGCUUUUGAAAAUACGCGCCAUGGCAUAUCUCGAGAACAGUGUGCGAAAAGCGUUCUACCUUUUUUAAUGGCGACAUCAGUAGAAAACACCUUAAAUUUGACACAGUUUGAGCAAUAUAUGGCAUUGAUUCAUAGAAUCUUGGGCAGAGUGGAGAAGGAACAGCGCCAACGAUUACAGCAGUUGACUGCUGCUCAAGAGGAUCAACGAAGUAUUAGUGAUUUUAAAGAAAUAUUUGGUCAAGCUGAGGCAAAGCUAUUGGUAUCAGCCAAACAGUUGGAUUGUUUGAGUAUGCUGGAAAGCUUUUCAAAACCUGCAGCGAAAAAUGCGUCAAGUUACACGAAAUUCGAUAAGGUACCGUUGACCUUGGAUGCCAAAAAACGCUUGGCUGCAGAGCAAGAGCAAAAUUUGCUUUUGCGAAAACAGCCGGACAUUAUUAGCGCUCAGAUUAAUAAUAUUUCUUCGUCGAAUAUCGCUUUUUCCUCACAAAUCAACCAAAAUUCCGUGAAAAUUUCAUCGCCUCUUGACUCUGCGGUUAAUGUUUUCAAUGCCUUUGUACUUGAACCUUCUUCUUCAACCACUGUAACAAACUAUAAUUCCAUUGAUCUCUCGGAAUUUUUACCAUCUUCAGUAGCUGAGGUAACCAGUAAAUCUUCAAGUGAUACUAUGAUGUUUACCUUCCCAGCGGUACCACAAUUUUCAGCUGCAUACACUGACCAUGGUAUUAUGAUUCCAAAUUCUUGUUCAAUUUCUUCCGAUUUUCCUGGGCCUCCACCAUCAGAUAAUCCCAUACGCAGGAAUAAUGUAUCACACAGUCAUUCGAAAAUUUCAAUGAAUAUGAAAAAGAAUGAUCUAUCUGUAUUCGAUGACUUGCUUUCCUUUCAAAAAUCAUGCGAAAAGAAGGAAUCGGGUCAAAGUAAUUUUGCAAAUAAGACUAAAGUAGAUUUCAUUUUUAAGAAGAUUGCUAAUGGAAAUGACCCAUUCGCUGAUCUGUUAAAAUGAAA